ACGAGUCCCUUAGCCGCAGACGUUGAAUAGAAACAAAUUGCAGAAAAUGUGAUGAAAUUGUAUACAGAAGCAACUGAUGGAUCUUAUAUAGAUCCCAAGGAGAGUGCCUUGGUAUGGCACCAUCAAGAUGCUGAUCCUUAUUUUGGAUCUUGCCAGGCUAUGGAACUGUUAGAUCAUCUCGAAAAUGUCCUUGCAAAUGAAUCUGUAGUUGUUAAGAGGGGACAGCAGAUAGUUGAAGUAAAGCCACAGGGAAUUACUAAAGGACUCGUUGCAGACAAAGUUCUUUCUAUGAUGAUCAAUGAAGGGAAGCCAGUAGACUUUGUGAUGUGCAUUGGUGAUGAUAGAUCCGAUGAGGACAUGUUCGAAAGCAUAUCAAGUAUAGCUUCCAACUCAUCUCUCCCUGUAGUUCCCGAGAUGCAUCGGUGGGGUUUGACAGUGGCAGAGCUUGGCGAAGGCGAAGGGCCUGGCGAAGUGUAGGCUCAAAUCAGUCGUGGACUUCCAAAGAGUCUUAUGCUAUGUUACGAUUAAGUGGGCACUUUGAUUCAUUCAUCAGCUUUGCACUUUUUCUUUCUUUAAUCUCGUUUUAGUAUUUAGAUGUUUGCUUUGGGUUGGUUUGAUUUUUAUUUAGUUCUUUUUUCUCUGUUAGGGUUUUAUUCUAACUUUUUAAAGUUGGGAAUUUUAUUAUAUUGAUGAGAUUUUCAACCGAAGGAGUUAAAUUUCUUA